GCCACCAUGACUCCAACAGGGAGAAACUUGCUACAGAGCAGGAGAAGCUCUCCAGCCUGGAGCAGGAGUCACAACAUGAUCGUAAUAAGGACGAGGCUCCUUCUGAAUCCAGCCUGAAGCUGGAUCCUCCUCAGCAACAUGACUGUAAUAAGGAACAGGUUCUUCCUGAGCAGGAGGGGAACGCCAGGCUGGAGCAGGAACCUCUGCAGGUUAAAGAGGAAGUGGAAGAACUCUACGCCAGCCGGGCGGAAGCAGCGCCUCCGCAGAUUAAAGAGGAGCAGGAGGAGCUCUGCACCGCCUACGAGGCAGAGCACCUCAUAGUGAAGGAGGAGGACGAUACCUUAAUGGUGACUCUUACUUACGGGGAAAGUGACAGUGAAACGGAGCCAAUCAGCGAGCAGCUCCUGUCUCACAGCCCGCCUGCAGCCGAGAGCACGAACGCAGCCUCGGGAUCGAGCGCAGACGCGGAGCCAAAGCCAACGAAGAGACUCGCUAAAAGCAGGAGUGACAGUGCAGAGCGCGCUCCCGUGUCAGAGAGUCAGGGCGAUGCAGACGCAGGUAAAAAGCCUUUGAAAUGUUACGUUUGUGAGAAAGUUUUUAAGGAUAAGUCCCAAAUAAAAAGACACGUCAGGAUCCACACGGGCGAGAAGCCGUUCGCGUGCAGCACCUGCGGGAAGUCGUUCUAUCAGAUAUACUUACUGAGAUAUCACGAAAGGACUCACACGGGCGAGAAGCCGUACUCCUGCAAGAUAUGUGCGAAAACGUUCAGGUGUAGCGACAGUCUGUUGGUCCACAUGAGAAUCCACACGGGCGAGAAGCCGUACGGGUGCAAAACGUGCGGGAAGAGAUUCAUCUGCACGUCCAACCUGAAGAGCCACACGAGAAUCCACACGGGCGAGAGGCCGCACUCCUGCAAAACCUGCGGGAAGAGCUUCACCCAGAGG